AUGCUCACUUCAUCACUCUUCACCUCCAUCCUCCUCCUCUCCACCUCCGUCUUCGGUCUCUCAGACAAAAAAGCUCAUGAGCUCUCUCGAUCAAGGGCCAGAGCACACUACGCUCGGAAAGAAAAACAAGUCUCCACUUUCGAAGUCGACGCCAAUUUUACCUCUAACAGUAUAGAAAAGAGGGGUCAAUCAUAUUCCAACUCCAGAGCUACAUUCUACGAUGUCGGAUUAGGUGCUUGUGGAUGGUACAAUUCUGCAAGCGAUUAUAUCGUCGCUCAGAACUCGGCUCAGUAUGGUAGUGGAUACCCUGGACCAAACUGUGGCAGAUCUAUCUCUAUCUCAUACGGAGGCAAGACAAUCUCCGCGACGAUCGCGGACGAAUGUCCCACUUGUCCUUAUGGGGGGUUGGAUAUGUCGCGAGGAUUGUUCACUCAGUUUGCCUCCGAAUCAGCAGGUGUAUUCUACAUGACAUGGUGGUACAAUGAUGAAUCACAAGAAACCACCACUUCCACGUCUGAAAAACCUACUCCUACUUCCACUUACACCCCACCUACCUCAACUUAUGUGGAACCUUCUACUACACCUACACCAACUUCCACAUACGUCGAACCAUCUACCACAUCUUCUGCUGAACCUACCUCCACCUCCACCUCAUCAAGCUCAUCUGAAGCUUCCACUACUGCCUCGUCGGUUGUCGCUUCCGCCAGUGGAUUGGCGGAUACUGUCUUACAGACCAACGCUACCGUUCCUGCUCUUGCUAAUGCGACCGGUACGAUCUCAGCUGAAGAUACCGAGACGACCGCUCCGGUAGCUGCCUUGGGCAACUUGGUAUUGUUCAAUCAGGCUGUGGCGUAUUUGGGUCAUAUAGUAGUAGUAGGAGCUGAAAACUAG